AUGGCAGGCACCAUCCGAGCUCUCGUCUCUCAAGGCGACAAGACCGCCAAAGUCCAAGAGGUCCCUAAGCCUCAACCCGGCCCAGGCGAAAUUCUCGUCAAAAUCUCCGCCGUAGCCCAAAACCCAACAGACUGGAAAGCCACAGCCGGCGCCCCCGCAGGCCGCACCGUCGGCUGCGACUUUGCCGGCACCGUCGCAGACCCCAACGGCUCCUCCCUGAAAGAAGGCCAGCGCGUCGCAGGGUUCGUUAUGGGAACCAGCGACGAACCUCCCCGCGGCGUCUUUGCGCAGUACGCCGUCAUCGAGAGCAGCCUCGUCUUCCCCAUCCCUGAGUCCGUCACGGAUUCCCAGGCCGCGGUUAUUCCGUUGGCCUUUGCUACCGCUGUUCAGGCGCUGUUCCAGCGACUUGAACUUCCUGAGCCCACGAGCCCGAGCAAGGAGGCGCUUCCGGUGUUAAUCAACGGCGGAACGGGUAGCGUAGGAUUGUAUGCCAUCCAGCUGGCGAAGAAGGCUGGGCUGUAUGUCAUCGCGACGGGCGGCAAGAAGAAUCACGAGCUCCUGAAGAGCCUCGGUGCGGACGUGGCGAUUGAUUACCGCGAUGCCGACUGGAUUGAGCAGGUCAAGAAGGCUGCGAAGAAUAACCUCAAGCACGUCUUUGACGCCAUCAGCGAAGUCGAGACCACGAAGGCAGUCGCGACGGCGCUCUCACCCGAGGGUGGUCACGUCGUCUGUAUUUUGCCGCGCAAGGCGAAGGAGGUUGGCGCUCCUGAGGGAGUCAAGGUCGAGAGCACAUUGGUUUACUCGGUCUUUGGAAGGGCUCUUACGUAUGGAAGCUUCGAUAACAUUGAUGGAGAGAAGCCUGAGGACAAGAAGUUCUGGGAGAAGUAUCUGGGGCUUCUGCCCAAGUGGUUGGAGGAUGGCUCCAUCAAGCCCAACCCGCAAAAGGAGUUUGGUGGUCUGGAUGAUAUCAACAAGGGCUUUGAGUUGCAGGCCAAGGGUGGUGUGAGUGCUGAGAAGCUGGUCUACAAGAUUGUUUAG